AUGAAUAAUAAGAUUAGUUUACCACCAAUCAGUGAUAUCUUGAAUAAUUCUAUUUUACCAUUACCAUUACCAACAAAUUAUAAUAAUCCAUUGAAUGGAUUUAAUUCUUAUAAUUUGAAUAGUUAUACUCCAAUUAACAAUGGUAUGAAUUCUGGUAAUUUGAAUAACUAUUCAUUCCAAUCCAAAUCUAAUAGUCCAAGAUCAUCAGAAAGUUCUGAAUCUAAUUCACCAAUUCAAUCAAAUUUCAACUACAAUUAUAAUUAUAAGAAGAUUGAAUUACCUAAUAAAAUUACUGCUAAUACAGUUUCUUCAAAUGAAAAACGUAAAACAAGAAAUAACUUACCAAAGGAAACCACUUAUAUCUUAUUAAAAUGGUUAAAUGACCAUUUAAAUCAUCCUUAUCCAAAUAACUUUGAAAAGAAUCAAUUAAUGUCAACUACUGGUUUGAAUCAACAACAAUUAUCUAAUUGGUUUAUCAAUGCAAGAAGGAGAAAGAUUAAGAUGUUAAAACAACAUAAAAACAUUAUAUGA